CACAUUUCAGCUUUUGCCACACGCCUACACCUGCUUCUCUUCUCCAUCAAUCUGUCUCUCAAAUCGCCCUUUCCGUGCUCUGUACGCCCGAUCUGUUUUUUCGAAGCUGCAAUCUAGGAUUGAGUUGGUCUCCAGUGGAAUUUGGUUCUCCACGAGCCUGUUUUCAUUGGUUCUUGAAUAGGAAUUUCGUGCAAGGUACAGUCUGGCCAUCUGUCCGCAGUGGGAAACAGCAUGCGGUGGAUUUUGAGUCAUUCUGUUGAUGUGUUUAGGAAAGGCUUCUCUUUGAACCCUUACUGCAGAGUUAUCCUGUAAUUAAUAUUUUCUAUCCAAACCUCUGAAUUUCUAUCUUGCAUUUCCCCAUCAUUUUCCAUGGGAUCCACUUUCUUCAUUGUUGUUCCCUGCUAUGUGCGCCAGAUUAGUUGAAUAGUAGCCUGACCCUUCUCGUAUUCUUAAGAAUAGUGUUUCACCUUCUUCCAAAUUCUUCACUUUGUAGUAUAUUUGUCAUUUUUCUUGGUAGUUCAAUUGAUCUUGUUCUGUCAACGAAUUGGGCAUCACUUUUUGUUCUGCUCAACGAUUGCGUGGUUGUUUAAAGAACAUUGAAGGGCUGGGUAGUAGUUAUGGUGUGCCAAGCAGCGGGUCAAACAAAUUUCCGGGCAUUGAAAUACGAGAAUGGGAUUGGUGGGAGUGCAAAAAUUGUAGUUAGAGUUAUAGCAUGCUUUCAACCACUCGGAAAUUGCCAGGCUGAAUAUUUCCGUCAUUUACUGAAACCUGUUACGUAGAUUAGUUUUGCACUCUAGUAUUUGAAUUAAGCUGAGAUUGUAGUUUUUUUCUUCAUUACCAAGAGAGAGUGAACAUAAAGUUCCAGUGUCACAGGUUCCCGUCAUCUGGUGGUGGUUCAAUUCUUGGAAACAGUAUUUUCGCAUAUUAUGUGGGGUAGAAAACAGGGACUCCGCGAACAUCCUGCGUUCUUUUGAUACUGUUCCAGGGAUUUGCUUGCCCUGAAGGUCUGCGUACGUCUUGCUUGUCCGGAGCCCACCCACUGCAGGAGCCUUGUGUACAAGUGCUAUUUACUUUUUAGUUGUAGGUGAUUUGUAUUUGUUGAAUGGGUGAAAACUGUGGAUCUUCGUUUCUGCAGCAACCAUUUGAUUCGCAAUCACCCUAUUUGAAUUCUUGGAGUACUCCACUUCACUUGCUGCAGCAAACUGCUCCCUCAUUCAUGAACCCUGACAUACAUAUGGUUUCUGCUAAUUUGAAAAUGCCGGAGUACCUGUUUCCUCAGUUGUCUGACUCACCGGGUGGUCAUGCAAUGGAACCUCAUGCUUGGUUCUAUUGUCUGCCCAGUUUCCGACGGGAUUUUAUGCCCACAAACUCGGUUCUUAAAGAGAAGCUCUCUUCUAUCGCUUCUGAUGAUUGUGGUGAGGAAACCACAUCUAAGGCAGGAUCUGUAAGGGGUGAGAAGAAGUUCCUCGUUGUUGAUCAAUCAGGAGACCAAACAACUUUGAUCUUCAGUUCUGGUAUUGAAACUCCAGUUCAGUGUCUAACUUCAAGGUCUCCGAAACCAUCUGUUGUUUGUAAUUUGACUGUGCAAGACCCUGGGGCAAAGGAAAUUCCAAAAUUUCAUUCCGCACCAAUUUUGACUGAUGAAGUUGGUGUAAACAAGGUAACUGAUACUGAUAGUGAGAUGCAUGAAGACACAGAAGAACUCAAUGCAUUGCUCUACUCUGAUGAUGACAGUGACUGUACUGAGGAGGAUGAAGUUACUAGCACUGGGCAUUCACCCAGUACGAUGAUUGUGCAUGAUAUGCAAGAUUGUUUUGAGAGCAGUGCAGAAGAGGUUGCUAGCUCCAUGGGAUUGACCAAAAAGCGACGACUUUUUGAUGGAGGGGAUGACAAUGUAGCAAUACUGCUGGACACUGCCGAUUCUGUUAAAGCUAAGCGAUGCUGUUCCGAGUACGAUGAUGAUGCACAAUCGAGUUGUGCCAAUGUCUGGAAUUCUGGUUCUUCUGAUGACACUUUUUCACCAGUCAACAAGAGGAUGAGAAAGGAGAAACUUACAGAGAUUGUGGACAUUCUGCAAAGCAUCGUUCCAGGUAGUAAGGGCAAGGAUGCAAUCAUGGUUCUUGAUGAGGCUAUUCGGUACCUGGAAACCUUGAAGCGCAAAGCCACAUCCUUAGGACUUGAUACUAUAUGAGUUGCCAACAACUCUUUGGUUUAAGUGGUUCGUUUGUGGUAUAUGCAGUUGAUUUUCUGUCCCCAGUAACUCAUAGACGAGUAUGCAGAAUAAGUUAGGUGUGGAUUUGCGCAAGCCUAGGAGUUUCUAGCGACUUUUGUGAAGAUUGGAAAUUGUAGAGAGGGAGAGAGCUUGAAUUUCUGCUGAAGUCUAUUGAAUGGAGUUGGAAAUCAGCAACUUUGGGUGGUGAAACCUUUUUCUAACAUCUACAAAGGAGUGAGUGCGGUAUAUUAUAUGUCCACAAUAACGGUACGUGAAUCAUCAUCAAGCGCUUUGUAUUGGGAUUAAGAGAGAGAGUAGAACUCAUACCUUGGCACUAGAAGUGGUUAUGUGAAUGAGAUGACUGGUUAUUCAAGAGGGACCCCCCUGAUGGAAGAUGAAUGCACGCCCCUUGUGCUCCUUUGUGCUUUUGGGACCCAACUUUCACUCACUUUCUACUGCUUUUAUGUCUCCAAUCUUGUCAUGUUUUAUUAUCCUUUGUGGGAGUCUUCUUUUUGUGAUGUUGAUGUUAGCUCAACCGCACAAGUAAAGACUCUUUCUUCAUCCUGGCAUGCAAUUUGCCAAUGGGGCCUUUAAGUCACCAAUGGUCUAAAGUCUCUCCCACCUUUGUAUUUUAUUCUAUUAUGUAAGAACUUUAUGUUGUGUGUGUUAUAUGAUAUCUUCUGGGUCUUGUUGGGUA